GCCAAUUGGGACUCUGAAUCUACUAUCUUAUGGACAGGAGUAUGUGCACUGGACGGAAUUCGGGGCCGGAGUGUCUAGGUUACACUGCUUUGCGUGAGAUUGACAGGCAGAGAUAUCGGGUAGUCGCAAUGAAGCACGCGACAUGUCGCAGAUAAUAAUAGGGACCACCGGCGUUUGAGGGCGCUUUACCAGCUACCCCAUACGCGAUGGGGUAGCAACAGCAGCCCAUGACCACACCAUAAAAAAAUUGCGGAUAUUUACGCGGGUCUCCUCCUAACCAUUGAACUAGCCAUGCUGACCGUACCUGAUCACUUGAAGUGGUACACAGAUGUGGCGUAUCGGUCAAUUCGCGGUGGGCCAGAAUUAUCCAUCGCACGAAAACAAUUGGACGGCAUCAGCAGUCAAACCCCGCACAUCAGCUCGGGGAAGCGGGCAACAUCUCUGAUACACCCAAUGAAUGACAAGUUCACAGAUAGUAUUCCUGUUGCCUUGACCGGUGAGCGUAUAACAGGGACAAGGGGCUGGUAUCUGUGAUUAUUCC